GUUUACUCAAACAUGGUCCUUCCCAUUUUCUCCACACGCUCUCCAAAACCUUCAUAUAUAUACCCCGAAACCUUAAGAUCCCAAAGUGUUACACUUAUCCUCAGACAUGAAGAUUCCUUGUUCUCUUUUCUCUUGUUUCUCUUCAUCCACCUACGAACAAAACAACAACUACGAGUACCCUGAUGGAGAGAACAACGAUGGCAGCUUUGGUUUGUUCACUUACAACCAAUUGAAAUUAGCCACUCGUAAUUUUCAUUCCUCGGAAAAAAUUGGAGAAGGUGGCUUUGGCUCUGUCUAUAAGGGGAGGCUCGUGGAUGGUUCUUUUGUGGCGGUGAAAGUGCUCUCUGUUGAGGUAGAAUCCAUGCGAGGAGAGAGAGAAUUUGUGGUAGAAUUGGCUACACUAGCGAAUAUCAGGCACCAAAAUCUUGUAAGCCUACGAGGGUGUUGUGUGGAAGGUGUUCAUAGAUAUCUAGUCUACGAGUAUAUGGAGAACAACAGCCUCUACAACACUUUCUUAGGUUCGGAGGAGAGAAGAACGAGAUUCAUGUGGGAAACAAGGAGGGAAAUUUCCAUAGGUGUGGCUCGUGCCCUUGUUUUUCUCCAUGAGGAGCUUAAGCCUCAUAUCGUACAUAGAGACAUCAAGGCCAAAAAUAUCCUUCUUGAUCGGAAUUUCACACCAAAGGUUUCAGAUUUUGGUUUGGCAAAAUUGCUGAGAGAUGAAGCAUCUCACGUCAGCACUCGGGUUGCAGGGACAUUGGGUUAUUUAGCUCCGGAGUAUGCCAAUUCUGGACAGGUUUCACGAAAAUCAGAUGUUUAUAGCUUCGGAGUGUUACUCUUACAAAUUGUGAGUGGCCUAGCAGUAGUGGAUGCCUAUCAAGACAUGGAACGUUUCAUCGUGGAGAAGGCGUGGACAGCGUACCAAGCUAACGAUUUAUUAAAAUUGGUGGAUCCUGUGCUAAACAUGAAUUUUCCAGAGGAAGAGGGCAUGAAAUUCCUGAAGGUGGGGCUACUUUGCGUGCAAGAAACAGCCAAGCUUCGGCCACGAAUGACAGAGGUUGUAGACAAGUUGACCAACGACGUUAACAUGAGAGACGUUCACAUUUCAAAGCCAGGUUUCGUGGCUGACCUCAGGAACAUCAGAAUCAAACAACAAAGUUCGUCCCAGGAAACAAGUUCCCCUGGAGCAACCUUUGCAAGCUCCAUUUGGAGUUCCGCCAACCUUGCUCGUUAGUUUAGGAUUAGGAUCACAAAUUCGUCACCCUGUAUAGCAACCACGAGGAUUUACCAAGUUUUGUUCAAGUGUUCAUACUCUUUUUUACUUCAAUUUAUUCAAUUGAUUCCGGAGAAAAUUCUUUUGUCACUAGGCCGCGGAGAAAAUAAUGCCAACUGUAGAUUCUGUCCUCAAGUCAAUAAUAUUCUCAUCAAAUUCCAAAUCAAUUGGAUCAUGUCUCUUUGUUACCAAGAAACAAAGAUUGAUCAUAGAAAAUAAUGCUAAUAAUUGAUACUCAACUCUCUUUGAAAAUUGCCUCUCCUGUCCUAAUUACUUUUGGUUUCUCUUGAAUGUAGAUUCAUUUUCGCAUAUUCAA